GAGAGAGAGAGAGAGAGAUGUGGGAGCGCAGGAGGUGAGCCGUCACACAGGAGCAGAGCCGGAGCGCACGACCAACGCCUCCAAGCGCCCCAUCCUCCGCGCCAAAGCCCGUUUACCCCCCCAUUAAUGUGCGUAAUCCCCCGAAUUCCAGACAACGCAGAUUAGCGUGUAAUCUGAGGGGGGGUUGGAGAAGAGGAAAAAAAACGGCUUCGUCCCCCACCGAUUAUCCAGCGCAAUUUCGGAAAUAACCACGGAGAGUUGUUCAACACCCCCCCCCCCCCCUCCCCCGAGCGCAAAGGCUUGCAUCGUGGCGGUUUCAGAAGUGGCAUGUUCGAGGGACACCGCGGACACCAACGAACUCCUGCUUUCACGCGAAGAGGAUUCAAUGAAAAUGUCCGUGUGCGUCCAUGAGAACAGAAAAUCCCGAGCCAGCACAGGCUCCAUGAACAUCUACCUGUUCCACAAGUCCUCCUACGCGGACAGCGUCCUCAUGCACCUCAACUCGCUGCGGCAGCAGCGGCUCUUCACCGACGUGCUGCUCCACGCGGGGAGCCGCUCCUUCCCGUGCCACCGCGCCGUGCUGGCCGCCUGCAGCCGCUACUUCGAGGCCAUGUUCAGCGCCGGCAUGAGGGAGAGCGAGGCCAGCGAGGUCAACUUCCGCGAGUCCAUCCACCCGGAGGUUCUGGAGCUGCUGCUGGACUACGCGUACUCGUCGCGCGUGGUCAUCAACGAGGAGAACGCCGAGUCCCUGCUGGAGGCCGGGGACAUGCUCGAGUUUCAGGACAUCCGGGACGCCUGCGCCGAGUUCCUCGAGCGGAACCUCCACCCGUCCAACUGCCUCGGCAUGCUCCUGCUGUCCGAUGCCCACCAGUGCACCAAGCUGUCAGAGCUCUCCUGGGGCAUGUGCCUCAGCAACUUUCCCGCCAUUUGCAAGACGGAAGACUUCCUCCAGCUGCCCACGGACAUGGUGGUGCAGCUGUUGUCACACGAGGAGCUGGAGACGGAAGACGAGCGGCUGGUUUACGAAGCCGCCCUCAACUGGAUCAACUACGACCUGGAGAAGAGGCACUGCCACCUCCCGCAGCUCCUGAGAACUGUCCGUCUGGCCCUGCUGCCCGCCAUCUUCCUCAUGGAGAACGUUUCGACAGAGGAGCUGAUCAAUUCCCAGCCCAAGAGCAAGGAGCUGGUGGACGAAGCCAUCCGAUGCAAGCUGAAGAUCCUGCAGAACGACGGCGUCGUCAACAGCCCGUGCGCCCGGCCCAGGAAGACCAGCCACGCCCUGUUUCUUCUGGGAGGCCAGACCUUCAUGUGCGACAAGCUGUACCUGGUGGACCAGAAGGCCAAAGAGAUCAUCCCCAAGGCUGACAUCCCCAGCCCCAGGAAGGAGUUCAGCGCCUGCGCCAUCGGCUGCAAGGUGUACAUCACUGGCGGGAGGGGCUCGGAGAACGGCGUGUCCAAGGACGUGUGGGUCUACGACACCGUCCACGAGGAGUGGUCGAAGGCGGCGCCGAUGCUCAUCGCCCGCUUCGGCCACGGCUCGGCGGAGCUGAAGCACUGCCUCUACGUGGUCGGGGGUCACACGGCGGCCACCGGCUGCCUGCCGGCGUCGCCGUCGGUGUCGCUCAAGCAGGUGGAGCAGUUCGACCCGGCGGCGAACAAGUGGACCAUGGUGGCCCCCUUGAGGGAGGGCGUGAGCAACGCGGCGGUGGUCAGCGUCAAGCUCAAGCUCUUCGCCUUCGGCGGCACAAGCGUCACCCACGACAAGCUCCCCAAGGUGCAGUGCUACGACCCGCAGGAGAACCGCUGGUCCGUGCCCGCCUCCUGCCCGCAGCCGUGGCGCUACACGGCCGCCGCCGUGCUGGGGAACCAGAUCUUCGUCAUGGGCGGCGACACGGAGUUCUCGGCGUGCUCGGCCUACAAGUUCAGCAGCGAGAGCUACCAGUGGACCAAAGUGGGGGACGUGACGGCCAAGCGGAUGAGCUGCCAGGCCGUGGCGUCGGGGAACAAGCUGUACGUGGUGGGCGGGUACUUCGGCACGCAGCGGUGUAAAACCCUGGACUGCUACGACCCCGCGCUGGACGCCUGGAACAGCAUCACCACCGUGCCGUACUCGCUCAUUCCCACCGCUUUCGUCAGCACCUGGAAACAUCUGCCCGCGUGAGCCCCGGGCCUCCCGCCUGCAUUCUUUCCACGAAGAUGCCGCUUUUUUGUUGUUGUUGCUUUAUCUACUGGACUCCCAACUGUGAAGAAGAAGCACACGUCAUCUUCCUCUGAGGGAGACACAUCGGGCAGUAUCGCACAGACGCCGGCGUUCAUCUCGAUGUCGCAGAGAGAGGGGGGGCAGAGGCUGGUCACACGUCACUGGAAGGACGUCGCCUCUCAUUUCCCAAGGAAAAGGACGCGGAGGCAAAACCAAACCAAACCAAACGAACUCGGACCCUCGUGCACAUCUGGCAUAUGAGCCUCAGCGCUUUCACGCUGCAAUACGAGGACUGCAAACAUAUCACGCAACCUGCAUUCCCCCACCCCCCCCCCCCAAUUAGUGACGAGAGGCUCGUGAGGCUUUUAUUGAUGUUUUCUCUUUAUGAAAAAAAAAAAAAAAAAAAAAAUCUUCAUUGAGGCUGCAACGUAUAGCAUGAUGGAAAGUCUAUUAAGAUCGAAGGAGGGACAAUGCAAUGAGUGGUGUGCUAAAGAACAGAACUCAGUUUGAAUGUAGCUGAUUUAUAUAAAAAAAAAAAAAAAACACAAUGAAGGAGCAAAUCUCCACCUUCUCUUAUCUUAAAAAGCUUUUUUUGUUUGACCCCUCGUGACUCUUUUCUUCGUCGAAGCCUUGAGCCUGAAAACGACAAACCUACGAGUGUUCCUCACCCCGUGAAGGCCAAGGCAGUUUUCUGUCACUGCGAGUAGACGCGUUGACGACCAACGCCAGCUGAGGAGGGGGACGGGGGGGGGUAUCCGGGUGGAUCCGUGGAUGCGGCUGCUUAAAGGGUCACGACCUUACGCGCUUGCUGUUUUUCCCAGCUACGCAUUAACGGCACCUUUGAGUUAAACCGACCCCGCUGUACGCGGGGGAAGGGGGGCGCUUCAGCUGUACACUCGCCUGCUGUAAAAGCCGGUGCUGGCUGCGCUUGUGUUGUUCUGAUAAAAAAAAAAAAGCAACUGCUCCGCUGAACCCUUCACCACAGCAUGUCCACUCGUAGCGGAGAAUCUUGUCACCUUAAUCUAAACUGAGAAGAAAUCAAGUUUCUCUUUUAACUUGCUGCAAUGUAAUCUUAAUUUAUAUGACAAUGCUUACUCUGUUAUGUUAAUAUCUUUAAUCCUAUUUAUUUCUACUCUGCCUGCCUGUUUUUUUAAGCGACUGUAUGUUCGGGUUAUGUCAUGCAUGGCCAAGUGUUGGGCUGCACUUUGCACAAUUUCCGUUUUUUUUUUUCCCCCCCAGGAGGAAUUUUAACUUUCUUUUACAAGAGACAGCGGUGAACCUCACUCAGAGUAUGUGCGGGGGAGGAAGAAUGGCUCGGAGCAGUUGAGGCCGCAGGGGUUCGCUGCCCCGAGGAAGAAGACCGAAAGGGCGGGGG